GGCACAAGCGCCAAGCCUUGAAAAGCAAGACUUAGGGGCAGAAGGACGAGCCGCCUCGGGCCGGACUCGGCGUGCUCCGGGGGCUGCUCCGGGGACCUCGCCCCCUCGCUUUCCCUCGGGAGGCAUCGCCGCCCGGGCACGGUCCAAGUGGCGGCUGGGAGGAUUUGCAGCCGAAUUUUGGGUUUUCCCUUCCCCUUAUAGAUAUAUACAUUUUGGUGGGUUUUUUUUUUUUAAUCCCCCUUCCUUUCAGUCCCCCCACCCCCACCCCUCGGAAAGUGAAAUGCUGAAUCCAAUCGGACUUUAUUCAUUAAUGAUGCAACCGGAUUCAUUUCAGGAUUAUAUUGCAUGAGUUGAAUUUUGAAUGAAGGAGAAGCGUUAAUUAUUAUACUUUUUUUUUGUACAGAAGAAGUGUUGACUUUGCCCCGUUGUACUUUUAAUAAUUAUUAUUUUAUUUAAAUAUACGACCUGAUUGUAUUCUUGGAAAAUGUAUAAAGUAUCUAUUUUAUGGUAAAUUUCUUCGAAAUGGAUGUGAAACUGAAGACGCUGCAGUUAAAGUGAGGUUACUGGCGUGUUGGAUGUUUCAUUCAGCACCAGCAUUGCAGUGACAGUUAUUUCAAUCAGUGGUUUGUUUUUAAAACCGCACCUUUUGACAUUUCGAUUCAAAGAGUAAUCGGGGGAAAAAAAGUAAAAAUCUAAAGGCAACCCAGCAGCAACGGAAGCCAACAUGUCUGGAGAAGUGCGUUUGAGGCAGUUGGAGCAGUUUAUUUUGGAUGGGCCGGCGCAGACCCAUGGGCAGUGCUUCAGUGUGGAGACCUUACUGGACAUUCUCAUCUGCCUUUAUGAUGAGUGCAGCAAUUCUCCUUUAAGAAGAGAGAAGAACAUUCUGGAAUACCUAGAAUGGGCUAAACCAUUUACUUCUAAAGUGAAACAGAUGCGAUUACAUAGAGAAGACUUUGAAAUAUUAAAGGUGAUUGGUCGAGGAGCAUUUGGGGAGGUUGCAGUAGUAAAACUAAAAAAUGCAGAUAAAGUAUUUGCCAUGAAAAUAUUGAAUAAAUGGGAAAUGCUGAAAAGAGCUGAGACAGCAUGUUUCCGAGAAGAAAGGGAUGUAUUAGUAAAUGGAGACAAUAAAUGGAUUACAACUUUGCACUAUGCCUUUCAGGAUGACAAUAACUUAUACCUGGUUAUGGAUUAUUAUGUUGGAGGAGAUUUGCUAACUCUGCUCAGCAAAUUUGAAGAUAGAUUGCCUGAAGAAAUGGCUCGAUUUUACUUGGCUGAAAUGGUGAUAGCAAUAGAUUCAGUUCAUCAACUACAUUACGUACACAGGGACAUUAAACCUGAUAAUAUUCUGAUGGAUAUGAAUGGACAUAUUCGAUUAGCAGACUUUGGUUCUUGUCUGAAGCUGAUGGAAGACGGAACGGUCCAGUCGUCAGUAGCUGUUGGAACCCCAGAUUAUAUCUCUCCUGAAAUUCUUCAAGCAAUGGAAGAUGGGAAAGGCAAAUAUGGCCCUGAGUGUGAUUGGUGGUCUUUGGGGGUUUGUAUGUAUGAAAUGCUUUAUGGAGAAACACCAUUUUAUGCAGAAUCUCUGGUGGAGACCUAUGGAAAAAUUAUGAAUCACAAAGAGAGGUUUCAGUUUCCAGCCCAAGUGACUGAUGUGUCAGAAAAUGCUAAGGACCUUAUUCGAAGACUCAUUUGUAGCAGAGAACACAGACUUGGUCAAAAUGGAAUAGAAGACUUUAAGAAACACCCAUUUUUCAGUGACAUUGACUGGGAUAAUAUUCAAAACUGUGAAGCACCUUAUAUUCCAGAAGUUAGUAGCCCAACAGAUACAUCAAAUUUUGAUGUGGACGAUGAUUGUUUAAAGAAUUCUGAAACAAUGCCCCCACCAACACAUGCUGCAUUCUCUGGCCACCAUCUGCCAUUUGUUGGUUUUACAUAUACUAGUAGCUGUGCUCUUUCUGAUCGGAGCAGUUUAAGAGUUACAGCUGGUCCCACCUCACUAGAUCUUGAUGUAAGUGUCCAACGGACUCUAGAUAACAACUUAGCAACUGAAGCGUAUGAAAGAAGAAUUAAACGCCUCGAACAGGAAAAAUUGGAGCUUAGUAGAAAGCUCCAAGAGUCAACGCAGACUGUCCAAGCUCUACAAUAUUCAACUGUUGAUGGACCACUAACAGCAAGCAAAGAUUUAGAAAUAAAAAAUUUAAAAGAAGAAAUUGAAACACUAAGGAAAAAAGUAGCAGAAUCAAGUCAUUUGGAACAGAAACUCGAAGAAGCUAAUUCUGUGAAACGAGAACUAGAUGAUGCUUUUAGACAAAUCAAGACUUAUGAAAAGCAAAUCAAAACAUUACAGCAAGAACGGGAAGAUCUAAAUAAGGAACUAGUCCAGGCUAGUGAGCGAUUAAAAAACCAGUCCAAAGAGCUGAAAGAUGCACACUGUCAGAGGAAACUGGCCAUGCAGGAAUUCAUGGAGAUCAAUGAGCGACUAACAGAAUUGCACACCCAAAAACAGAAACUUGCUCGCCAUGUCCGAGAUAAGGAAGAAGAGGUGGACCUGGUGGUACAAAAAGUUGAAAGCUUAAGGCAAGAACUACGCAGAACAGAAAGAGCCAAAAAAGAGCUGGAAGUGCAUACAGAAGCUCUGACUGCUGAAGCAUCUAAAGACAGGAAAUUGCGUGAACAGAGUGAGCACUAUUCCAAGCAGCUGGAAAAUGAGUUGGAAGGACUGAAGCAAAAACAAAUUACUUAUUCACCAGGAGUCUGUAGCAUACAGCAUCAGCAAGAGAUAAACAAACUAAAGACUGAUUUGGAAAAGAAAAGCGUAUUUUAUGAAGAAGAAUUAUCUAAAAGAGAAGGAAUGCAUGCAAAUGAAAUGAAAAAUCUGAAGAAAGAACUGCAUGAUUCAGAAGGUCAGCAACUUGCUUUGAACAAAGAAAUUAUGGUUUUGAAAGACAAAUUGGAAAAGACCAGGAGAGAGAGUCAAAGUGAAAGGGAAGAAUUUGAAAAUGAGUUCAAGCAACAGUAUGAACGAGAAAAAGUGUUACUAACUGAAGAAAAUAAAAAGCUGACAAGUGAGCUUGAUAAGCUUACCAUUUUGUAUGAGAAUUUAAGUAUGCACAAUCAGCAAUUAGAGGAAGAAGUAAAAGAUUUAGCAGACAAGAAAGAGUCAGUUGCACAUUGGGAAGCUCAAAUCACAGAAAUAAUUCAGUGGGUCAGUGAUGAAAAGGAUGCGCGAGGUUAUCUUCAGGCCUUGGCCUCUAAAAUGACGGAAGAAUUGGAAGCAUUAAGAAAUUCCAGCUUGGGUACACGGGCAACAGAUAUGCCUUGGAAGAUGCGUCGAUUUGCAAAACUGGAUAUGUCAGCAAGACUGGAGUUGCAGUCAGCUCUAGAUGCAGAAAUAAGAGCCAAACAAGCCAUUCAAGAAGAGCUGAAUAAAGUGAAAGCAUCUAACAUCAUAACAGAAUGCCUGUCAAAAAUAUUUGAAAAGAAAUUUCUUUGUUUAAUUUCCUGUCUAUCCCUUUUAUUAAAUGACCCUAAAAUGUUACAAAGUUUUCUAGGUAUAGAGCACCAAGACUCACAGCAUUCUUUCUUGGCAUUUUUGAAUACGCCUACCGAUGCUCUGGAUCAAUUUGAACACUCUUCGUCCUGUACUCCAGCUAGCAAAGGCAGACGUACUGUAGACAGUACUCCACUUCCAGCUCACACACCAACCCUGAGGAAAAAGGGAUGCCCUGGUUCAACUGGCUUUCCACCUAAGCGCAAGACGCAUCAGUUCUUUGUAAAAUCUUUUACUGCCCCUACUAAAUGUCAUCAGUGUACCUCAUUGAUGGUGGGUGUGAUCAGACAAGGCUGCUCAUGUGAAGUGUGUGGAUUCUCAUGUCAUAUAACUUGUGUAAACAAAGCUCCAACUGCUUGCCCAGUUCCUCCUGAACAGACCAAGGGGCCGCUGGGCAUCGAUCCACAGAAAGGAAUAGGAACAGCGUACGAAGGUCAUGUCAGGACGCCUAAACCAGCUGGAGUGAAGAAAGGAUGGCAAAGAGCAUUGGCUGUGGUUUGUGACUUCAAACUGUUUCUGUAUGACAUUGCUGAAGGAAAAGCAUCUCAGCCCAGUGUUAUAAUCAGUCAAGUGAUUGACAUGAGGGAUGAAGAAUUUUCUGUUAGUUCUGUCUUGGCUUCUGAUGUUAUUCAUGCAAGUCGAAAAGAUAUACCCUGCAUAUUUAGAGUCACAGCUUCCCAGUUCUCUGCAUCUGAUAACAAGUGUUCAAUCCUGAUGCUGGCAGACAGUGAAAAUGAGAAGAGCAAGUGGGUAGGAGUACUGAGUGAAUUGCACAAGAUUUUGAAGAAAAACAAAUUCAGAGACCGCUCAGUCUAUGUUCCCAAAGAGGCUUAUGACAGUACUCUACCCCUCAUUAAAACAACCCAGGCAGCUGCAAUCAUAGAUCAUGAAAGAAUAGCUUUGGGAAAUGAAGAAGGACUGUUUGUUGUGCAUGUCACCAAAGAUGAAAUUAUUAGAGUGGGCGACAAUAAGAAGAUUCAUCAGAUUGAACUCAUUCCCAAUGAGCAACUUGUUGCUGUGAUCUCAGGACGAAAUCGUCAUGUACGACUUUUUCCUAUGUCGGCUUUGGAUGGGCGUGAGACUGAUUUUUACAAGCUAGUAGAAACUAAAGGGUGUCAAACCAUAACUUCUGGAAAAGUGCGCCACGGAGCUCUUACAUGCCUGUGUGUGGCUAUGAAAAGGCAGGUCCUCUGUUAUGAACUAUUGCAGAGCAAGACUCGUCACAGAAAAUUCAAAGAAAUUCAAGUCCCAUAUAAUGUCCAGUGGAUGGCAAUCUUCAGUGAACAGCUCUGCGUGGGAUACCAGUCAGGAUUUCUAAGAUAUCCCUUAAAUGGAGAAGGAAGCCCAUUCAGUAUGCUCCAUUCAAAUGACCACACACUGUCAUUUAUUGCACAUCAACCAAUGGAUGCUAUCUGCGCAGUUGCGAUCUCCAGUAAAGAAUAUCUGCUGUGUUUUAGCAGCAUUGGGGUAUACACAGACUGCCAGGGGCGAAGAUCAAGACAACAGGAGUUGAUGUGGCCGGCAAACCCUUCCUCUUGCUGUUACAAUGCACCGUAUCUCUCAGUAUAUAGUGAAAAUGCAGUUGAUAUCUUUGAUGUGAACUCCAUGGAAUGGAUCCAGACUCUCCCUCUCAAAAAGGUCCGACCCUUAAACAGUGAAGGAUCAUUAAAUCUUUUAGGAUUAGAGACAAUCCGAUUAAUAUAUUUCAAAAACAAGAUGGCAGAAGGAGAUGAACUGGUAGUUCCUGAAACAUCAGAUAAUAGUCGGAAACAAAUGGUGAGAAAUAUUAACAAUAAGCGACGUUAUUCCUUCAGAGUUCCAGAAGAAGAAAGGAUGCAACAGAGGAGAGAGAUGCUACGAGAUCCAGAAAUGAGAAACAAAUUAAUUUCUAACCCAACUAAUUUUAACCACAUAGCACACAUGGGCCCCGGAGAUGGAAUACAGAUUCUAAAAGACCUACCCAUGCCCAGUUUCCCAUAUCCAUCCCCACAUCAUCUCUCCGGUCUGAUCUCCUCUCCGAUCAACUUUGAGCACAUCUAUCACAUGAGUGUUAAUUCUGCUGAAAAUUUCCUCUCUCCUGAUUCCAUAAACCCUGAAUAUUCCCCGUCUCUUCACUCUGUCCCUGGUACACCAAGCUUUCUGACUCGGAGGAACCCUCGGCCUCAGGAAAGCCGGACUGUGUUCAGUGGCUCCGUCAGCAUUCCGUCUAUCUCCAAGUCCCGCCCUGAGCCCGGACGCUCCAUGAGCGCCAGCAGUGGCCUGUCAGCAAGGUCGUCCGCACAGAACGGCAGCGCGUUAAAGAGGGAGUUCUCUGGGGGCAGCUACAGUGCCCAGCAGCAGCCCGUGCCCUCCCCGUCGGAGGGCUCCCUGUCUUCCGGAGGCAUGGACCAAGGCAGCGAUGCCCCACCGAGGGACUACGACGGCGAGGACUCGGACUCCCCGAGGCAUUCCACGGCCUCCAACAGCUCCAACCUGAGCAGCCCGCCCAGUCCCGCCUCGCCCCGCAAGACCCACAGCCUCUCCCUGGAGCGCGCCGACCGCCGGGGCUGGGACCCCUGAGCGCCCGCCCGCCGCCGCCGCGCCCCUCCGCUGCCCUCCGCGCCUCCACCCUCCGUCUCGUCACCUCUGCCUGAAAGCGCGGUGGUCCCAGGACGCCAGACGCUGAGCACGCAGAUGGAGUGGCACCAGCACCCAGGCCGACUUGCAGUCGCAGCGUCGUCGUCGUGUCGUGCUGGAUCCACCUGCCCCACCCCCCACCCCGCUGUAGAUGCUUCCAGUAAUCCUUCACCCUCCACACACCGCCACACCCCUACACCCACACCCCAGGGUAGCUUUUACCUAGCCAGACUGCACGCUGUCCGAGAGACUAGGACUGCCAGGAGCCGCACAGGGCGCUGUCGGCAGCUAUGUCCCCAAGGGUUGCCAGGGAAUCCCUAAUACUGAACCAGUGCGUAUUUUACUACAAUACAGAGUUUAAAUAAAAACCCAUUUAGACGUUAAAUACUGAAUGUAUAUACUUAAAAGAGGCAUCUUGUAUUCGACAGAAAAUGGAUGCAUAUAUGAGAAAGAGGUCAUUUAAUUUAAAGAAAUGUUAUUUUUUGUUUCCCAGCUGAGUGAAUUAAAGGGUAGGCGGCGUGUGUGUGUGUGUGUGUGUGUGUGUGUGUGUGUGUGUGUGUGUGUGUGUUUGUUUGUGUUUUCAACCGCAUAAUCAGCUCUGGCAGGCCCGCCUGACACCGAGUAUAAACACAGCUGCUUUGGCAACAUCAAAGGCAGAGCCCCUCUAUGCCCCACACUGAUUUUUCUAGGGGUGGAAUUUUGAACCAUGCACUUCACUUUCCAUUCUGUUGAAUGCUCUGUGCAGAUGAAUGCAGGCGUACGAUUCUGCCACCACCUGAUCCCUUGUCGCAGAGCGUACGGGUGGCCGUGGCUCCCAAAGGCCCAUCACUAAGCCUGUGAGAGCGAUUUUUCUGACGUUGAGACCGUUCCCGUUGGCGGUGAGGCCAGCUUCUUGGGGAGUGGGGUGGGAGGCUGGGCAGUGCAGUUUAUUCCCUAAUGACAGCCUUGAAAACCCGCGGAGCACAGGGUGCCCUCUACCACUCGGAACUGACCCAGUAGCCAGGAGCAGCCAUCCAGCUUCUUCAGAUAAGCCGCGGGGGAGCCUUUAAUUACCAAAUAACAGGAAACCGCAAAGGUGUAGGACUGGAGCAGCCUAAGCCAAAUACUCUUCCCCAUCCCGUGGGAGGCGAUGGUCAGCCUCGAGCGCACACACUCAUCAAGUUCUAUUUCAAAUCCUGCUAUUUUAAUUGCUGCAAGGAAAUGAGAUGCAAAACCAGAACUUCAUUUCUCUAGGGUCAUUCCAAAAUACGUUUAAGCAACUGAGUGGAGAAAGGGGUGAAACAGCUUACGAGAGUUAAGCGUCAGCUUCUCUCCGACUUUUCACCGCAGUUUCAAUGAGGCGCUGAGGCAUGUGACCCUCUGCUUUAAAACCCCACGGUGUGGAAGAAAGGCUUCCGGCAGCAGCUGCUCACAGUGCAGGCUUGGGCACCAUCACCUUGUGCUGGUCGGCAGGGCAAUCCAUCUUUCCCAUCAGCAGCCGCCCAAGCAAGUGGCCUGCUCAUUGCAAGGACUGGGCUGCGGGGUGGGGACUCCCACCCUCAAGCUUACUAGCCAGGCUCAGUAGGGGGAGAAAAGUUCACCUUAGGCAACUUUUGAUAUGUAAAUCUUCCAGAUUCAGUCCUUGCUACAACUUGAUUACAUCUUGGUGAUGAGCAUAAUCCCCUGUACCUUGUAAUUUCCCAAGUAAUUUUACUUUGAGAAUAAAAGCAUGUAAAAGGACUUUUGUUCAUCCAGAUACCAAGUGCCAGGUCUUGAGUUUGGCAGUGCCCCUUGACCCUGCCCAUUCCCUAACUCAGCCCUUGUCAGGAGAGGAGAGAACCGGACAGCUGCCUCCGUGCUCCUCACCCGCUGCCUCUGCCGCCAGUCUCUCCCCAGGCAGAGGAAGCAGAACCAGGCCAGGUUUCCCUGGUUCCUACCGUGAGCCAUCAUUUUUCUCCCUGAAAUAAUGUAUAGCCUCUACGCCUUGUUGGUGAGCUUUUGUUGUCUGUGGGUUUGUUUGGUUUUUUCAAAGGAUCGAAUUGUAAGUCAGGGCCCCACUACCAGGAGUAGCACUUUUCAGCACCCCAACAGGGAGGGUGGGGGAGCUCUUGGCCAACAGGGUAGCUUGCCAGUAUCCCCCUGGGACGCAGGUGUGCCACCACACCUUGUGACUCUGCAUGCACUCCCCAUCGACCAGGCCCAGGUAUGGUUAGAUUGCAAAAGCAGGUCUCAAGGGAGAAGCCCAGCCAAAGGCAAUCAUCUAUAGGGGAGGAUUUCCCCAAGAUCAUGGCCACUAGUGCACUUCCCCCUCACCCUUAAAUAUGACCCUGCUACCUCCUAGAGAUUGAGAGAAUACCUUGAGAGAGAAAAAGGGAACGACUAUUCCAAUGAACAGUGACAAGAUCACAGAAAGGAUACGACUUUGCUGUUCAAAGUCACACUCGAAUGCGGGGUGUUGUGCAAUGCACGCGGCAGCUGGAAAUUGUUUGCCACAGGAAGGACAACGAAGUCAGAGGCUGUCUGGUGGUGUCCACCCACAUUGGUGUUUGAUGCUGUCCUUGUCCAGCCAAUGGUUGGCUACCCUUGAACUCUUAACUGAUCUUGUCAUGUGCGUAUAAACACACACACACACACAGAUUAUUGUUGCCAAAACCCAAAGCCUUCCUCCUCAUCCAAUGAUUGCUAAAGCAGAUUUUACGUUAAUUUAAAACUAAAAACCUAGGGGACCCAGUCUUAACUGGCUUAUGCUCUGAAAAGGCCAGUCUAGUGGUUCCCAAGCAGUUCUAGUGCCCGUCCUGUCACAUUUACAGCAAGGCUGCAUCUCGGGCUGGCUCCUCUCUGCCUUCCACGUGCUUAGAAAUAUGCCACCUUGUUACUUAGUGGCCACACGCGUUUGUGAGAGACCAAUUGCAUUUAUGUGGCAUCUCAGGUAUCACAAAGAAAAGUCAGGGUGGGACUGACACACACCCUCAAUGGGGCCGUCAUCUGGCAGCCAAACGGGACUUGGGCUUGCUAAGACGUUCUACCAGCGGAGCAACCUGGAUUCUGGGAACUUCCACUCCCUGGCCAGCCUCAGCCCGUUAGACUCAGCCCAGUGAGACCAUGUGGGCCCUCUCUGUUACAACCUUAAUGAUGCCAGAGUUCUCUGGGCCCUGCUCUGGCAGAUGGGGCCUGCAGCAGCAGGCCAGGUUCUGCCAUCCUCCCAGGACAGCCAUCUCAUUCAUGGGGAAAAGGGACAGAUCAACCUUGAAAUUCCAUGGAAACAAAAUAACCUGUCUUUUAUUUGAUAGUUUACUAUCCUUUGUUUUAUACAUUUUUUAAGGUUUUCCCCAUUGUAAUAUUCUUGUACAGUGUUGCCUGGUCUGGAUGUGAUCAUUUUUUGUUUCGAGUGUAAUGCUGACAGAUGUGUCCGGAAGGGAAGAUACUGCUCUGGCCUCGUCUCUCUUCUUUGGCUGUGCGCCUUCAGUGUCUUGAGGGACUUUGUAAGGAUUCUCGGCUGCCCGACAAUGAUGUGGACUCUUGCACAGAAAUGUAUGAGGUGGGAUAAAGGUGUCAUGAAAGUCUCCUCACCAAUAUUUUAUGUUGGUGUCACUUAAUAUUAACCAGACGUUGAUGUACUGCAAUAAAACGGGGAACUGUUA